AUGGCUCCCCAAAUCACUCCCAUCCUCCUCAUCUUGGCUGCUAUGUGCGCCACAGUCAAUGCCAUCUUGCCUUUAUCAGUGGUCGGUGCCAAGUUCUUCACCAGUGACGGUAACCAGUUCCGUCUUAAAGGUGUCGCCUACCAAUUGGUUGAAGACGAUCCGCUCGUGAACACCACUCAAUGUCAGCUUGAUGCCAAUCUCAUGCAACAGCUCGGGGCCAAUGCCAUACGCGUCUACCAUGUCGAUCCGACCGCAGACCAUAGUGGAUGCAUGAACGCUUUUGCGGCUGUUGGCAUUUAUCUCUUUGUCGAUUGCGAUAGCUUCAAGACAUACAUCCGCCUUGGUUCUGAGUCAUCUUGGACAGAGAACAAGUCGGAAUCAUACCGUGCGGUUGUUGAUAACUUUCAGCAAUAUCCCAACACUGGGGGCUUCCUCGUCGGAAAUGAGGUUCUCAACGUUGGUACGUUAUUUAUACGUUCAAUUGGGGUUCCUGUAGCUGACAAAGUCUCAGUGGAGGAUGCCCCGGCUGCUCCAUACCUGCUGUCAGCCGCUGUUGAUUUGAAGAACUACAUCGCUGCCAAAGGCUACCGCAAGAUCCCCAUUGGUUAUUCAGCCACAGAUACUGGUGCACUUCGACCUAUGCUCCAGAACUACUUGGUUUGCCGGGAAAAUCCUGUGGAACGCCUCGAUUUCUAUGCUUUGAACAGCUACGAGUGGUGUGGAUCAACUCCGACCUUUGAGACCUCUGGUUAUGUGUCCUUGCAAGCAGAUGCCAACAACUACCCUGUACCAAUCUUCUUCUCAGAGGACGGAUGCAACACUGUUCCUCCUCGUACUUUCAAUGAUCAGAACGCUAUCUUUGGUCCCAAUAUGUCGGACACCUGGUCAGGUGCCAUCAUCUAUGAAUGGAUACAAGAAAUGAACCAAUAUGGGCUGGUGUCUUACGGACCACAACUAGAUUCUAGUGUUCAGGAAGGAUCCAUCAUUGUUCAAGGGUUCACUCGCCAAGGCGUUCCUACACCAGUCCAACCCGAUUUCAAUAAUCUUCAACAAGUAUGGAAGACCUUGAAUCCCACUGGUGUCAAUUCUGCCGAGUACCAAGCCACAUUCACAGCGGUUGUCCCUCGUUGCCCGGCUUCAACUGAAGGAGGAUGGAACGUGAUCCCCGACGCACCAUUGCCCACGAUCGGCGUGGCUGGUGUCACACCAGGUAUGCCGGAGAACGUGCCAAAAGGCACCAUCUCUGUGGAGACCCAAACAUCGCAGAUCAGUGUUACUUACAGCUCGACAGGCAAUCCUUCGACUACUUCUUCCAGCAGUGCUAGCUCGGCGACUUCUGAAGCAGCAGCAGGUAGAACCGUCUCCAAGCCCCUAUCAAUGUACGACCAGGGAUUUUUGGGCAUGAUGAUUGCGCUUCUUGCAGUUUGUGCCGGGGCUGUGGCUUUGCUAUGA